AUGUGGCGGUGGGUCGGCCGGACGUGACGUCAGGCUCGGAAACGCUGUCAGACAGGAAUAAUGCACGUGUCUGAGGAACUGUAGGAAGAGCAGCGCUCAGCUUUGGCUGGCAUGGAGGCCUGAAAAGGCAUACAUAAGCUUUCAUACCGACAUUUUUUGUUCAGUUCCCGGGCGUUAACAGAGAGUCCGGACAGAACUAUUCCUGGCUGCUCAGAGGCGCACGGAGCAGGACGACGGGUGGAUAGCAGCACACGGGGCGAAAGAAGAAAGUUCUGGGUCUCUGUUCCCGGGCCUGUGUGUUGUCUGUUUGUGUAUCCGCAGGAGCUUGUUAAAUUAAUUUCUUACUAGUUUAAACUGAAGGACUGGCUAGGGCUUAUUUGGACGUCAUGGCGGACUACCUGAUCAGCGGGCAGACCGGUUACAUCCCCGAUGAUGGGCUGUCGGGACAGCAGCUGUUCAACGGAGGAGACGGGCUCACUUACAAUGACAUCCUGAUUCUGCCGGGCUACAUUGACUUCACAUCAGACCAAGUGGACCUGACCUCAGCACUCACCAAACAAAUCACCAUGAAAACUCCCUUAGUCUCCUCUCCCAUGGACACGGUCUCAGAGGCUAACAUGGCCAUCGCUAUGGCACUAACAGGUGGCAUCGGCUUCAUCCACCACAACUGCACUCCAGAGUUCCAGGCCAAUGAAGUUCGCAAAGUCAAGCGUUAUGAGCAGGGCUUCAUCAUGGACCCUGUGGUGAUGAGCCCCAACGAGCGCGUUCGGGACGUCUUCCAGGCCAAGGCUCGCCACGGCUUCUGUGGAAUCCCCAUCACAGACGACGGCAAAAUGGGCGGCAAGCUGGUGGGCAUCAUCUCUUCCAGAGACAUCGAUUUCCUGAAGGAGGAGGACCACAACUUGCCACUGAGCGAGGUGAUGACGAAGAAAGAGGAUCUCGUGGUCGCCCCUGCUGGAGUGACGCUGAAAGAAGCUAAUGAAAUCCUCCAGAGGAGUAAGAAAGGUAAGCUGCCUAUAGUGAAUGAAGAGGGCUCCCUGGUGUCCAUCAUCGCCCGCACAGACCUGAAGAAGAACAGAGACUUCCCUCUGGCCUCCAAAGACUCGCGCAAACAGCUGCUGUGUGGUGCCGCCAUCGGCACCCACAACGACGACAAGUACCGACUGGACCUGCUGGUGCAGAGCGGGGUGGAUGUAGUUGUACUGGACUCAUCUCAGGGCAACUCGAUCUUCCAGAUCAACAUGAUCAAAUAUAUCAAAGAAAAGCAUCCAAGCCUACAGGUCAUCGGAGGCAAUGUGGUGACUGCAGCUCAGGCUAAGAACCUGAUAGAUGCAGGAGUGGACGGACUUAGAGUGGGGAUGGGCAGCGGCUCCAUCUGCAUCACACAGGAAGUGUUGGCGUGCGGCAGACCCCAAGCGACGGCUGUUUAUAAGGUAUCAGAAUACGCUAGGCGUUUUGGUGUGCCGGUCAUCGCUGAUGGUGGCAUCCAGACUGUCGGGCACAUUGCCAAAGCCCUGGCACUGGGAGCAUCCACAGUGAUGAUGGGCUCUCUGCUGGCUGCCACCAGUGAAGCUCCUGGUGAAUAUUUCUUCUCGGACGGCAUCAGGCUGAAGAAAUACCGCGGCAUGGGUUCCCUGGAUGCCAUGGACAAAAACCUGGGCUCCCAGACCAGAUACUUCAGUGAGUGCGAUAAGAUUAAAGUUGCUCAGGGUGUUUCUGGAGCAGUGCAGGACAAAGGCUCCAUCCACAAGUUUGUUCCCUACCUGCUGGCUGGCAUUCAGCACUCGUGUCAGGACAUUGGAGCCAAGAGCCUCACACAACUCAGAGCCAUGAUGUACUCAGGAGAUCUGAAAUUUGAAAAGAGAACAACGUCAGCCCAAAUGGAGGGUGGCGUCCACAGCCUUCACAGUUAUGAGAAACGUCUAUUUUAAAAAGAAGCCAGCCGUUCAGCCUGCAGAUGGAAAAUCCUUCCAACUGACACAUUAUGCAAACACUACAUGCCAGAUCCUCUUAAAUGUAUUACACACACACACACACACACACACACACACACACACACACACACACACACACACACACACACACACACACCAGAAAAAUACAUACAAGCGCUCACCCUCUCUACUCUUCCAAGGAUUCAUCAAGUCUUCCUGCCAGUGUCAGCUAUGCAUUGUCCGUGUUUAGUGUAGCUGUGUGUGUGAAGGAGGGGAACCAAGCAUUUAUCAAUCAGUGCACGUGUGAUUGAGUCCUCCAAUGCCUUUUCAUGUUGUGAUUAAAAUAAAUGUCUGGCGUGUCCAUUUUAAGGAAAAAAAGUUGUCCAAUAAUAAAGCUUGUGUUUUUCCAUGA